CCUUGUCUGUAUUCCAAAAUGUUUUUCAUCCAACGUGGGUAAUUAUCCAAAGAAACCUAUGACUUCAUACCUUCGAUUUUCUACAGAACAGCUACCCAGAUUUAAAGCUAAACACCCAGAUGCAAAACUUUCGGACCUCGUUAGAAAAAUUGCAGCCGCAUGGAGGGAACUACCGGAAGAAGAAAAAAAGGUAUAUGAAGCUGAUUUUAGGGCAGACUGGAAAGCAUACAAAGAAGCUCUGAGCAAGUUUAAAGACCAGCUAACUCCAGCUCAGUUGGUAUCUUUUGAGAAAGAAGUCAGGCAAAAACGUUUAAAAAAGAAAGCCUCAGUAAAAAAGAGAGAAUUAAUGUUGCUUGGAAAACCAAAAAGACCUCGAUCAGCAUACAACAUUUACGUAUCUGAAAGCUUCCAAGAGACUAAAGAUGGAUCUGCUCCGGGAAGACUGAAGACUAUAAAUGAGGCUUGGAAAAGUCUAUCUAGUGAUGAAAGGCAGGCAUACAUUCAGCUUGCUAAAGAUGAUAGAAUUCGUUAUGAUAACGAAAUGAAGUCUUGGGAAGAGCAAAUGGCUGAAGUUGGACGAAGUGAUCUCAUCCGCCGCAAUGUGAGACGCUCAGACAUCAUUGAGGACUAAGAUAGAAGAUGGAGUUGUCUCUGGGAUUAGGCACAAGAAACCAAUUAGGUCUCAAUGCCUUAAGUUGUCAAAUUAGAAAGGAUAAGGCUGGUUACAUUUGAUAUUCAGUUCUUUUUUCUGUAGCCAAUGGACUUCUGCCCGUUGAAUACAUUCUGUUUUAUUUCAAGCCUGACAGAGGAAGAUUCUGCAGAGUUCUGCUUUUUGCUUAAGAACUGGAGAUGAGACCGUCCAUGCAUCUGCAUGUAGUGGUGAAUGAACCAUUCUGUGUUUGAUGGAGCUAGAUAGACUGUGAAGUGACUUUUACACUUAUAACACUUUUACGUGUGGUUUUGUGAAGUUUUUACACUGAUGACAAUACUGUGGGUAUGUGAAGUUUUUACACUGAUGACAGUUACAUGCAAGUGUGGCCUCUGUGUUCCAGGGCCAUAACUGCUUUCACAGCUAUGGCAAAGCUAUGAUGUAACUGUGUACUCAAAGAAGCUUCCAGACUCAUUAGAUGAAGUGAUUCCUAGCCAUAAAUCAUGUGUGGGGUUGAUGUUUGUACAUAUAAGUGAUUAUUGACAUCAUAGCAGCUUUUAUAGUAUGAACAAAGAUUUACAAACCUUUCUCAUCUUUUUCUUUUUUUCUAAAGCCUAAGAAAUUAUGUAACAAGUCUAUGCAUAUUGUUUUUAUUGCAUAGAAUAAAAAUUCUAAUUUUUCAAACAUGU